AACGAAUGUUCAGGAAACAAGAGUUUUAAUUAAUCGCUUCACCUCUGUUUUUGGCCAGAGAUGGGAGUGAUGAUUACCGCCCUAAAAAAUGUUCAUGAAAAAUCCGGGUUGUUGAUGAUGAAGCUAGGAGCAAUUAGAGUUUACCACGUUGCUGCUCAUUCUCGAGGGCCGGAAUCGUUGGAUGUUGUUUUCCACGACUCAGAGGGCGCUCGGAUCCAUGCUAAGGUCAAAGAUACUGAUAUAAGCACAUUCAAACAAGAUUUGCAAGAAAAUGCGGUUUACUUAAUCAUGAGGGUCAAGGUUUUACGCAAUUUCCAAGGCACAAAAACUACCAAUCACCCUUGCAUGCUCCAAUUUUUGGGAAAGACCAAGAUUCAAAAACUAACAGACAAUGGAUUUCCUAAUUUUCGAUUCUACUUUAAGAAUUUUGAAGAUGUUCUCAAAACAAAGUUUGCUGACCAAGUCUUUUUAGUUGAUAUAAUCGGGAAAGUAGUUAGUCGAACUGUGCCCGAAACCCGUAUGGUUAAAAAUGCCCCAGAUCAAAUGAUGGAAAUUACCUUGGAGAACCACAAUAUCGUCUCAACACAAUCAAGAUCAAGAGAUGAUAAAAGAACGAGCAACUUGAAAGUGGUCUCCAUUCAUGAACUAAAAAACAUGAGCAAUAAAGGAUAUUAUUGGAUACUUGGUGAUGUUGUUGAAAUUGAAAACACCAAUGAAUUGUGUUAUCUUGGUUGUCCCAAGUGCAACCGGAAGGUUGCUCCAGAUGCUACGAGGUUCAAGUGUUUAGGAGAAGGGCAAUCCACCAUGAGGCCUCCAUUAUUUGAUGGAACGAAUUACACAUAUUGGAAAGAGCGAAUGAGAAUUUUUAUCCAAUCCAACAACUUUCUCCUAUGGAGAAUUAUCAAGAAUGGGGAAGAAGUGCCCAUGAAGAAAGUUGGGGAAACCACCGUUCCCAAAACCGAAGCAGAAUACGAUGCGCAGGAUAUCAAGAAAAUAGAGAACAACGCCAAGGCUAUCAACAUUCUUUAUUGUGCAGUAAACCCGGAUGACUACCGGAAGAUCUCUUGUUGUUCCACCGCCAAGGAAAUGUGGGACAAGCUAGAAAUCACAUAUGAAGGUACGAAUCAAGUCCGAGAAGCUAAGAUAGAUUUUCUAACCCAUGAAUAUGAAUUGUUUCGUAUGAAGGAGAAUGAGAAAAUCGAUGAGAUGUUUGAACGAUUCUCCAAAAUCGUUAAUGAUCUCCAUGCUCUCAAGAAGACGUACACGGACAAGGAGCUUGUAAGAAAAAUCCUGCGGAGUCUCACACCGGAAUGGCGCUCUAAAGCCGAUGCUAUCCAAGAAUCUAUCGGCAUCUCCAGUGUCACCAUUGACGGGCUUAGAGGUAACCUCAAAACCUAUGAGUCUACCAUUCUUUACCCCUCAUUAGGUGAACAAAAGAAGAAUGGAAUUGCACUCAAGGCGUCCACAAGUCAAGAACGUGAUGUGGAGGACUCGAGUGACAAAGACGAGUUCGGGAUGGAAUCAACGCAAAAGAAACCAUAUUACUUCUUCUAUUAUGAUGAAAAGAAGAAGAUUCACAUACCACUUCCGGAACCCACACAAAUCAAACCGAGGUAUAGGCAUUCGGUUCGAGUAGACUGGAACCCGCCAACCGCAAAACGACAAGUUGGCCAAGGAGGUCAAAGAAAAAGAUCCCGCACCGGCAAGAACGUGGCUUCUUCCUUGGCUCCUCCACCACCAGCGCACAAGUACCUCGACGGGUCGUUCCUUUGGUUCAACGACCACGCAGAGGCGACGCGGUUCUCGGAGAAAUUUGAGCACCGAGAGAUUCUCCCUCCCCGAUUCUCCACCGCCCACUUCAUUCAUGAAUCCAUUCCACGUGAGGCACGGGUUAUCCUCGAACGUGGAAACUUCCUCGAUCUCCUCCACAUCAAGAAGGUCAUUUAUCACCGCUUUCUUGUUCGAGCUUUCUACUCGAACUUGAAAAAGGAUGAGGACGGAGCGUUGAUCUCUAACGUCAACGGGGUGGACAUCUAUUUGAAUGAGGAGAACAUUCAAAUCCUCACCGGGCUUCGUCGGGAUGGACAGGAUCUCGGGCUCUAUGUCGGAGAAUAAGGAGCACUGUUCAAUUAGACCGCCCUCUAGGAGGAAGUGGGCAUCCGACACUUCGUCCCCACUCCCCAACAGCGGCGCCCUACGAUUGCUUCCAUGAGUCCCGUGUUUCGAUUCAUUUUUUAUGUUUUGACACGGAUUCUCAAGCCCAGGAAGUUCAAUCACACCACUCUCUCUCAAGAGGACACGAAGACAAUUCAUGCGAUGAUUCACAACGCUAAUCUCAAUUGAUGUAAAUUUGUGAUGACUCACAUGUUCACGACCACCUCCGACAAUCGGCCGCUCCCCUAUGCCCUCCUCGUCAUGGCGAUUUUUGAAGAGUAUAACAUCAAAACCGAUGUUGGGCCAAAGAUAAAGGGGACAAAGCAUU